AAGCCCAAGGAGCGGUAAUGAAAGUGGAUCUAUCUCUUGUUUUCUUUUGGGAGGACUUUCACAGGCGGACGCUAACCACUAGUAAGGCUUACAAGUCCCGCUCUGAACACUGCGCGUGAAUAAGCGAGGAAAAGGCUACUGCCACCAAACAGAAUGCGGGCACGGAGUAGUGUUCUGGAUCCCAUACUACUGCUGAUGCUGUUCGGAUACUACCCGUCAAUGACUAUCGGGCCUAAGGAGGGCUGGCAGGUGUACAGCUCUGCCCAGGAUGCUGAUGGCAGGUGUAUCUGCACUGUGGUGGCCCCAGAACAGAACCUCUGCUCCAGAGAUGCCAAGGGACGACAGCUCCGCCAGCUGCUGGAGAAGGUACAGAAUAUGUCCCAGUCAAUCGAAGUGUUGAACCUAAGAACACAGAGGGAUUUUCAGUAUGUCAUGAAAAUGGAAAAUCAGAUGAAAGGACUGAGAUCAAAGUUCAGACAGAUUGAGGCUGACAGGAAAACAAUAAUGACAAGAAAUUUUCAGGAGUUGAAGGAGAAAAUGGAUGCGCUACAGCCCCUAAUUCCGGUUCUGGAGCAGUACAAAAUGGACACCAGGCUGAUCUCCCAGUUCAAAGAGGAGAUCAGGAACUUGUCUGCGGCACUGAUGGGGAUCCAGGAAGAGAUCGGGGCCUACGACUACGAGGAGAUGCACCAGAGGGUCCUUAGCCUGGAGAGCCGGCUGAGGAACUGUAUGAGCAAACUGACAUGUGGAAAAUUAAUGAAAAUCACCGGUCCUGUGACAAUAAAGACAUCUGGAACCCGAUUUGGGGCAUGGAUGACGGACCCUCAGGCGUCUCUAGGCAACAACAGGGUGUGGUAUAUGGACAGUUACACCAACAACAAGAUUGUCCGUGAGUUCAAGUCGAUGGAUGACUUUGUGUCCGGGGUGGAGUCCCGAACCUACAACUUGCCUUUCAAGUGGGCUGGGACCAACCACGUGGUCUACAAUGGCUCCCUGUACUACAACAAGUACCAGAGCAACAUCGUGGUCAAGUACAGCUUCGAGACAGGCCGCAUCCUGGCCCAGCGGGCCCUGGAGUAUGCCGGCUUUCACAACGUCUAUCCGUACACCUGGGGGGGCUUCUCGGACAUCGACCUAAUGGCAGACGAGCUGGGCCUCUGGGCCGUGUAUGCCACCAAUCAAAACGCCGGCAACAUUGUCAUCAGCCAAUUGGACCCUCAGACUCUGGAGGUUCUCAAGACCUGGUACACGGAGUACUCCAAGAGGAAUGCCGGGGAGUCCUUCAUGAUCUGCGGGACCCUCUACAUCACUAACUCUCACUUGACCGGAGCCAAAGUCUACUACGCCUACUCCACCAAGACCUCCACAUACGAGUACACGGACAUCCCCAUUCACAACCAGUACUUUCACAUGUCCAUGUUAGACUACAACGCCAGAGACAGAUCUCUCUACGCUUGGAAUAACGGCCACCAAGUACUGUUCAAUGUCACACUUUUCCACAUCAUCAAAACUGAUGAUGACUCUUAAAGGGGAAUCCUUUACAGGGAAAAAAAAAAAAAACCACCAUCGUUCCUGGUGAAGCACUUUUGUAUAAGUAUAUUUUUCAUUCUUCUAAAGUGGACAGCAUUUACAUCAUAGUUCCGUGAAAUAAUGCCUUUUAUACAUUUGCUUAAAAAAACAAAACAAUGAAGUUAUGAACAGAAUUGCGAAUAUUUAUCUUUUCCUCCAUCCUGCUUUGCAUUUUUCCCCUUAAAUUAGUGGUGCUUUUUUGUUUAUAGCAAACUUUUAUAACUAUGUACUGUACAAGCAUGCCUUAUUUACAGUACAUAUUUCUGAUGAUACAGAUGUCACCGACUGUUGGUGAAAGAUUUUUUUGGUAACUGCCCAUUGUAAUGCAAUUGUUUGAGCUGUUAUACAAGGUUGCACACGAACUACUGAAAUAUUUGAGAAAUAGGGAAGUAAUAACCGUUCAACACCACAAGGGAUUAUGAUAGAUGAAUGAUGAACUUCCUUCAGAAUAUUUAUUUAUUUAUUUAUUUAUUUAUUAGUCACAGGGAAUCUGAAGUCCUGUUUGAAGAUAUAUUCAGUUGCUUAAGACAGUUCUUAAGUGUUUUAGGAACAAAAUUCAGUCACGCCUCUCACUGCAACCUUCAUGCACUGCACCCACUGGUGACAUCACAGCACUGACUGUGUUCUGUAAGGCUACAGUCCCUUUACCAGUAACUUGAGGUGAUAGGGAUUUCACCAGUCAUGUCUGCCCACAACUUUCCUUUUUUUACAUACACAAAUCCAAACUAAUUAAGAUAUUGCAAUAGGUAUAGUUGGAAAGAUAAUUUGGCCGAAGAAUGUUAAUCAUCAUUACUUGCAAAAUCAUCUCACUGCAUUUUAUUUUUCCAUUUUAUUUUCAAAUAUGAACUGAUUUGCCUUUAAUAUGUGAUAAGCUAUCAUUAUGCCAAAAAUGUAUUUGAUCUUUGAAUCUAUAACCAAACAGGGCAUCGUUUCCCAAGACUCUCAUAGUGCUAACAUCAUCAUAAGAACCUUGGUAAGGUGCAUUGUUGAUAUUCAAGGUGUUUCCAAAACUCCUCACAACAUUGAACUUACCCCAGACCACUCACAGAGCAGCAAAGUGUGGUAAAGAAGUACAGUUUCUUCCUAAACUAAAAGAAAAAGAAAAAAUGCAAUCGAAAUAGUUAAGCUGGAUGUCCCCUCAUACAUUAUUUCAAUAUUAAGGUCAAAUGUAUAAUGUGUCACUGUCACAUGAAUAAAUACAUACAAUGCAAGUAAAUAAAUUGGCAAAUACAAGCAAACAGAUGGUAAAUGGACUGUCUGUAAAUAAUUUAAACUGUGUAAGUCACUCUACAUAGUCAGAGUGUCUGCUAAAUGCCUAAAAUGUCAAAUUAAAGUGCUAUGUUAAAAUUUUAUGUCCACAAAAUGAAUUGCGGUAUCAAUUAUUGACUAGCUAUAAAUUGAACUCUUCCUGCCUCUGAAGUGGUUUUGGUAAGCAGUCGUAGAACUGCAAAAUGUUAGCAACGAUGCAUCAUAAGUUCUGUUAUUAUUGGGAAACAGCGCCCUGUUUCUACAGAAUAUUGUAAAUUAUUGCAGUGACCAUCCUAUUUACCUGUAAGAAUCAAUGCAUAAAGUAUAGUGAGAUGUGGUGAGUUUAUUUCUCUGCUAAAUUGGUAUCAUAUAUGUAUAUGAAUUAUCAGUAUCAUUUGUGUUUGUAUGGACAUUCACUGUUGUAUAUUUAUCUUGUACUUAAGAAUGUUAAUUUUAAUGUGAACAGUUGAAUAUAUAUUGUAAGUUGAUGUAGUUUUGCACUGCUGUUGGUGUAACUGGUUUUAAGUAACUGCAUCAUACUUAUAUUGAAGCCAUUUAACUUUAUAAUUAAGAGCACAGUAAAUAUAUGGGAGUGAAGGUGGUGUGAAACAUUAGCCAUCUUCAUUUAAUCACUGUAAUGCCGCUUUGGGUUUUAACUCGAGCACGAUUCGUGAUUCAACCGCACCUGGUCUCAUCUCCUCUCGUUUGUACUAAACGUUUAGUGCUGUUAUCGGAAAUUCUGAAUCCACCUCAGUCCAGAUGGCAGACUUAAGCACCACGUUUUUAGAAGUUAUGGAGAAAACUCUUGAAAUCCCCCUGAACUGUGCAUGGGAAAAACGGUUUAAAACACAUUGUAAAUGUAGGUCUAUCCACAAGUACCACUUCCAAAGAAAGCUUUGGAAAAAAUGUUUCCCCUGAUAAAAUAAUCAGUAUUA